AUGAAACCAAUUGCCUUACUACUAGUACUAUUUGCAGGAUUAUCCGUAGCUGAUAUGAAUAUGGAUUCUCAUAUGAUGCAAGGUAAUCACCACGAUGAUGAUGACGAUUUUGAUUCACUGGAAAAAUUGUCGACUACUGGUGUAGAUAGUAUCAAUUCGACCGAAUCAUUAGUGCCAAUUCCUCACGUAAUGAAACAUAUGCAUGGAGUUCCUAUUUUGCAGACCAAAUUGUUACCCCAAGAAAGAUUGUUUUGGGAAAAUUACAACACUACGACAUAUUUUACUGUUGAAAGCGCCCAUCGUCCUGCUUUAUAUUUACACAUUGUUGUUGGAUUGUUUUCCGUGUUUGUAUUUUAUCCAAUAAGUUUGAUAUUCAACAAUUUAAAUAUGGCUAAAAGCUAUAUGACAAUGUUGUUAAUACAUUCAAGUUGUAUUGUUUUUUCGUUGUUGAACUAUUCAAUUUUUAUCAAUUCUAUCCCUGAUCUAUAUCCAGGCAAUGCCUAUAAUAGUAUGAUAAUUAUUUUAUUUGUUACAACGAUUUUGCAAUUGAUUUUCGCCUUUAUCAAAAACAUUGAACCAGGAGAAUCAGAUGGUAAUAAAUAUUUUCAAUUGAAUCAUGAACAUAUGAGAGCUUCUUCUGAUGAAGAAUCAUUACAAUCAAUGAUGAGUCCUCAAUCGGGUGACGAUGUGAUUCCCUCAGAAAAGCCACCAUCAUCUUCCAAGAUGUCAAAGUUUUUUGAUAAAGUUAUGAAAUUUAGAACUUGGGUUUCUCAAACAAAAUUCCACAAGCUUUCCAAAAUUGGGUUCAACUUACUCAAUUGGGGUCACUUUUUCUAUUUUAUGAUUUUGGUUCCUACUGGUGUUGCAACAUUCUGUUGUUAUGGUCAAGGUAAUACUGUUUUCAACUUGUUGGCACAUUUCAUUAAAGGUGGAGUAUUCUUUGCGUACGGAUUAUUGACAUUAUCAAGAUAUUGUGGCGGGUUCACCAAUAAAGGUUGGGCAUGGAAUCAUAAGUUCAUUGAUAGAACUAAAAAGCAAAGCUUUUGGUUUUCAUUGCAAAAUAAGGGAUUAUGGACAAUGGAAAUGAUUGAAAGCUCCUUGAUUUUAUUUUAUGGCUCAACGAAUAUUUUUUUGGAACAUUUAGCCAAUGCUGGAGGCGAAUGGUCACCAAAAGAUUUGCAGCAUGUUUCAAUUGCAUUUAUUUUCAUUGGAUGUGGAUUAUGUGGUGUUAUCACCGAAUUGAAAUUGCAAGAUUGGCGUUAUGAACAAGCAGUGGCUGACAUGGAGAAAUACCAAUACCAAAAUGAAGAACAAAACCAACUGGCAACACAAACUGAUGUCAACAAUACCAUUAUUAAAGCCAGUCCUGGUUUUAGUCCUAACCCCUUCCCAAUUGUGACUAUAUACUGGACGGGUAUAUUGAUGUCAAAGCAUCAACAAGCAUCUGCGUUAUCUACUGAAGUUCAUGUUCAAUGGGGUAAUAUGUUUGUUUUAGGGUGUGCAUUCAGAUUUAUUACCUAUUUGAUGUUAAUGUUGAAUGCGAAAGUACCAAAAGAUUUGCUGAGACCAAGUAGACCAUUUACAGAAUUAGUUGUCAGCUUUAGUUUGUUAUGUGGUGGGUUGAUUUUUAUGGAACUGACUGACCCCGUGAUUUUGUCAUUUGAAUAUUAUGGGUUGACAAGUAUGUUUACUUUGAAUCUCAGUUUAGGGUUUACUACUUUAUUAAUGGGAUGGCAAAUGUUAUUAUUUGCUUUCAAGGAUUGGUUAAAGAAUAAAUAUAUUAAGCAGCAAGAUAUGGUAUGA